AUGUAAUUAGAAAAAUCAAGCAAGUAGUCGUUUCUAUUCUAAUUACCAUAUUAAAAGACAUGGGUGUUAUGGUUGGCACUUGCUUUAGCUUGUUUUCUAUUAUUUGGAGAUGCAUAUGCUUUUGAUAAUCCAAUGGCUCUGCAAUCAACGAUCUAAACAGAGAUGAACCUAAACAAUGUUUAAUUCAAUAUGCUUUAUUCGAUUUAUUCUGCUCCAAAUAUCAUAUUACCGUUUUUUGGAGGAAUCCUUAUCGAUAAGAUAGGAGUGAGAGUGAGUAUAUUGAUAUUUUCAUCUAUACUUAUUUUGGGUUAGAGUAUAGUAGUUAUUGGUGGAUACUCUUUAUCAUAUGGUACAAUGUUGGCUGGUAGAUGCAUUUUUGGCAUUGGCUCUGAAAGUCUGAAUGCAGCAUAAGCAGCUAUAAUGUCUUAAUGGUUUUAAGGAGGGUAAGUCAGUUUGGCUUUGGGUUUAUGUUUAUCCAUACCAAAAUUAGGAAGUGCUUUGAAUAGUUUAGUUAGUCCUCAGAUUUAAGCUAAUCAUGGUGAAUUGGGAUUCACAUUUUUAGUUGGACUUUUUAUUGUAAUAUUUUCUUGGGGAUGUGGAUUGGCUUUAAUCUAUUUAGAUAAGAAAAAUGAAGAAUUGAUGAAAAUUUGGAAAGAGCUUAAUCCAGAGGAAGGUAAUCAUGAGAUUAAAGAUACAAAAGAAGCAUAAAAUAGUGCUUAAGAAAUGAGUUUAUAGAUUAGAAAAAGCGAAUCAACAGAAAGUGAUCGAUCAGUAUCAUUAUUAGAAGAUGAAGAUGAUGAUGAUGAAGAUGAUGAAAAAGAAGAAGCACCAGUUCAUGAAGCAAAAGAAGAGAUUAAAUUAUCAGAUUUGAAACAUUUAGAUGGAUCAUAUUGGAUAUUAUCAUGCAUAAUUAUGUUGAGUGAAGCACUUUUUGUACCUUUUUUAGAUAAUGGAAAUGCAUUUUUUUAAGUCAAAUUUGGCUUUAGUUAACAAUCAGCAGGUGUAUUACUUACUAUUCCUUAUGUAUUUGCAGCAUGUGUGACUCCUUUUGUAGGCAUUUAUAGUGACAAGAUUCGUCAACGUUCCUUAUUAAUAGUUCUUACUACAGUAAUCUUUAUUAUCACUCAUUUAUGUCUUCUCCUUAUCUAUUGUGAUGUAAAUCUAUAAAAUCUAUUUGAAAUUAGUCUGCUUGUGGAGUUUCAGCCUUGCCUUUAUUAUCAUUAGGAAUUUGUUAUUCUUUUUACUCUGCCAUUUUGAUUCCAUCCAUCCCUUUAGUUGUUAAAUCACAAAUGAUAGGUACUCUUAAACAUUGAAUUUUAGGAACUGCAUUUGGUUUAUUAGGAGUAAUGUAAAAUACAGCUUUAGCCUUAUUUCCUCUUAUUACUGGAAGUUUAUAUAAUAGUCAUUUAAUCAAUGAAGAAGGUCAAGUUGAUCCAUUUCAAGGGUAAUAUUAUCAAAUCAUUAUUAUUUAGGUAUCUUUAUUAAUCUUAUUUCUUUGUUGGUGUUAGUUGUUUUAAUUUUGUGAUUGCCAUAAGUUUAUAUGUAUUUGAUAAAAAUGGGAGUAAGAAGUUAAGUAGAUUAAAGUCAAAGAGUAAAUGA